AUGUCAGACCGGAGAGACGAAUACAGCACCCGCGACAGGCAUCGGGAGCGAGAUCGGGAUCGCGACCGAGAUCGAGAUCGUCGGCCGCGGGACAACAGAGAUAGAGACAGAGACAGAGACCGCGAGUACUACCGCGACCGGAUAUCAUCAGAGUCCGUCGUCGUCGGCGGCGGCAUCGCGGCGUCAUCGCGAUCGAUCUCGCGAGUGGCGGAGGGGGAUGAACGGUCUGCGCGGUUAGAUUAUGAUGAUGGCGAAGGCGCGCAUUCGCAAAGGGAGAAUAGUAGUCGCAAGGACAAGAGUUACGACCAUGACAAUGACGACUAUCGCCGGCGGAGGAGGCGCGAUGAAGACGAUAACGACGACGGCGAUCGGAGAGAUGAUCGGUAUUCUAGACGAGAUGAUUACAGCAGACGUGCUCGCCGCGGUGAUGCAUCAGGCGAAAGUCCCUACCGCUCCCGUCGACGCGACCGCACUCCGAGCGCAACGCGCUCGCCCUCUGCUGAUCGCAACCCGGAUCGGAGAAUGGAUAUCGAUAGAAGUGCUCGUGAUGAGAGAAGGAAAGAGGAUAAAAAGAGUGGAGAUGAUAACGCACAAGCGGACGAAGAGGAGGAAGAUGACGAAGAAGCAAUGAUGGCGAAAAUGAUGGGCUUCUCUGGAUUCUCGACUACAAAGCAAAAGAAAAUUCCGGGAAACAACGCCGGUGCGGUUUUGAAAGAAACUGUGCCCCAAUACCGCCAGUACAUGAACCGACAAGGUGGAUUCAAUCGUGCUUUGUCUCCGGGAGGAACUGCCCAUUGA